GUGCGAGGUGCUCGCCCUGUAUCUGCCAUGCAAAACGAGGGAGCUUUAUGAAGGAAUCCGUCUUGUAAAGCCAUUGGUCCUGGUCAUCAGCCUCUACCCAAUGCUUUCGUGAUGCUGCCGCUGAUCUAUUUGGGAAGUUGGCUGGCUGGUGAGGCAGAGCCUCUCCUCAAAGCCUGGCUCCCACGGAAAAUAUGCUCAGUGCAGCCAAGUGCAUGAAUGAAAACGCCGCCGGGCGCUUCUAGUCGGGCAAAAUGCAGCCGAGAACUCCGCUCCUCCUGUGCGUUCUCCUGUCCCAGGUGCUGCUGCUAACAUCUGCAGAAGAUUUGGACUGCACGCCUGGAUUUCAGCAGAAAUUGUUCCAUAUCGAUCAGCCGGCUCAGUUCAUUGAGGACCAGGCGAUUCUAAACUUGACCUUCAAUGACUGCAAGGGAAAUAACAAGCUACACUAUGAGGUCUCAAGCCCAUACUUCAAGGUGAACCAUGAUGGCAGCUUGGUUGCUCUGAAAAACAUAAGUGCGGUGGGCAAGACUCUGUUCGUCCACGCCCGGACUCCCCAUGCAGAAGACAUGGCAGAACUCGUGAUUGUCGGAGGGAAAGACAUCCAGGGCUCCUUGCAGGAUAUAUUUAAAUUUGCAAGAACUUCUCCUGUCCCAAGACAAAAGAGGUCCAUCGUGGUAUCUCCCAUUUUAAUUCCAGAGAAUCAGAGACAGCCUUUCCCAAGAGACGUUGGCAAGGUAGUCGAUAGUGACAGACCGGAAGGGUCUAAGUUCCGGCUCACUGGAAAGGGAGUGGAUCAAGAGCCUAAAGGAAUUUUCCGAAUCAAUGAGAACACGGGCAGUGUCUCUGUGACAAGGACCUUGGACAGAGAAACGAUCGCUACUUAUCAACUCUUUGUGGAGACCACUGAUGUCAAUGGCAAAACUCUCGAGGGGCCGGUGCCUCUGGAAGUCAUCGUGAUCGACCAGAAUGACAACAGACCGAUCUUUCGGGAGGGCCCCUACAUUGGCCAUGUCAUGGAAGGAUCACCGACAGGGACCACAGUGAUGCGGAUGACAGCCUUUGAUGCCGAUGACCCGGCCACAGAUAAUGCCCUUCUGCGGUACAAUAUCCGUCAGCAGACGCCUGACAAGCCGUCUCCAAACAUGUUCUACAUCGAUCCUGAAAAAGGGGACAUCGUCACCGUCGUGUCACCUGCCUUGCUGGACCGAGAGACUCUGGAAAACCCCAAGUAUGAACUGAUCAUCGAGGCUCAAGACAUGGCCGGACUGGAUGUCGGAUUAACAGGCACGGCCACAGCCACCAUCAUGAUCGAUGACAAGAACGAUCACCCCCCAAAGUUCACCAAGAAAGAGUUUCAAGCCACCGUCGAGGAAGGAGCCGUGGGGGUUAUCGUCAACCUGACAGUGGAAGACAAGGACGACCCCACCACGGGCGCAUGGAGGGCUGUCUACACCAUCAUCAACGGAAACCCUGGGCAGAGCUUCGAAAUCCACACCAACCCUCAGACCAACGAGGGCAUGCUGUCCGUCGUCAAACCUCUGGACUACGAGAUCUCCGCCUUUCACACCCUGCUGAUCAAAGUGGAAAACGAGGACCCGCUCGUACCCGACGUCUCCUAUGGCCCCAGCUCCACGGCCACCGUCCACAUCACUGUCCUGGAUGUCAACGAGGGUCCGGUUUUCUACCCGGACCCCAUGAUGGUGACCAGGCAGGAGAACAUCUCUGUGGGCAGCGUGCUCCUGACCGUGAAUGCCACGGACCCAGAUUCCCUGCAACAUCAAACCAUCAGGUAUUCCGUUUACAAGGACCCAGCCGGCUGGCUGAAUAUCAACCCCAUCAAUGGGACCGUUGACACCACGGCAGUGCUGGACCGUGAGUCGCCAUUCGUCCACAACAGCGUGUAUGCUGCCCUCUUCCUGGCAAUCGACAGUGGCAACCCUCCCGCUACAGGCACCGGGACUUUGCUGAUCACUCUGGAGGAUGUCAACGACAACGCCCCCUUCAUCUACCCCACGGUGGCUGAAGUCUGUGAUGAUGCCAAAAACCUCAGCGUAGUCAUUUUGGGAGCAUCAGAUAAGGACCUUCACCCAAAUACAGACCCUUUCAAAUUUGAGAUCCACAAACAAGCCGUUCCUGACAAAGUCUGGAAGAUCUCCAAGAUCAACAAUACGCACGCCCUGGUAAGCCUCCUCCAAAACCUGAACAAAGCCAACUACCACCUGCCCAUCAUGGUGACUGACUCAGGGAAACCGCCCAUGACGAACGUCACAGACCUCAGGAUACAAGUGUGCUCCUGCAAGAACUCCAAAGUGGACUGCAACGCGGCGGGGGCCCUCCACUUCAGCGCGACCUCGGUCCUGCUCGCCUCUCUCUUCAGUUUGGCUUGUCUGUGAGAACUCCUGACAUCCGAAGCUUGACUACCACGUUUCCAUAGCAACAGGAAAAAGAAAAAGAAAAAGAGAAAAAACAACCAUCCAAAUCUGAAGAUUGCAGUUUACAGCUCUCGAACUUCACAACUAGGCCUCAAUUGUUCCAGAUUUUUGUUUUCUUUGCGAUACCACUGGGUCUGUUCUUCACCAUUCUGGCAGAAUCUUCCUUUCUCCUUUAAUUAGCGGAAUCUUCUGAAUUUCCCCGAACGUUGAAAGAUCAUGGCGUACAACUUGACCUUCUGGGAGCAGGGAGCAGGAACAAUGACUACUUUUUCUGAUGUGUUGCCAUGUUGCUAGUCAGCUUUCCACACAUACAGCUUCGUCUGUGGGUUAGUAUUUGUACAUGUGUGAGUAUCUGUAUGUGUAUAUACACAGUAUUUAUAGAGAGAAACUAUACAGAAGGAGCCUAGUUUUGAUAUUGAGAGGUUACACACAAAUAAAGGAUGGAAGUGAUGCAGCUGCCCCCCCCCUCCCCCCCGCCCAGGGCCUCAGCAUCAAGCUGGGCAUUAGUACAGACCCCAGAGCCGACGCUCCUGCGCAGUCCCGUUCGGUGCGAACACUGCCACGACCAGCCAGGCAGGUCUGCAGAGAGGGAGAGCACAGACAGAAGUCCUUCCUCUCCAGUAAAGGAUUGCAACCAAUUUUUCACUGCCAUCCUAUGCCGUGAUCCUCAGAAAAAGCGGAGAGGAGCAGAGCAGCAAACUUUACCAUCAAACGCCAAGAAAAGGGCUCAAAUAUUAUUUCGUGGGCAUCUGUCUGCAUUUGUACGUGUCCUGAAUCCAGUCCCACGGAUUCUUACGAGGACGCGGAUCAUGGCGGAGAAUCUCUCUCUCCCCGAUGUACGUACAAUUGCACGUCUCAUGGUGGGGGUCCUACGUGCACGGGAGGCAGUCAGCAGGAACCGCGUGUAUACACAUAUAUGCCCACAUGUAUAGACAUACCUUUAUGCACAUACACACUGUUUGUUUCAUAUAUACAGGCGUAAAAUAGACUAAACACAGGUAGUUUUAAAAGUACCCUUUUGUGUGAACCGACUACCGUUGUUUGCAAACCUGAAAAUAAAAGAUGUUCAUUAUGUAUGAGAAGUAAUUGAUUUUUAUUCUGUGAGCAUGUAAAACUAAGAGAAAAGCUAGAACCCGUACUAAGAUGAUCUUCUCGUUGAUAAACUGUAGAGGACCAUCCAAGCUCACGCCAAAUUUUUCUAUCAGACAAAACUAGUGACAGCCCGUGGCUUCUUAUUAGAGCGCGCCACAAACUAGGGUAAGGUAAGUGUCUUAGCAUAUUUUAAUACAGUUGCUUACUAAAGGUUUUAACCACACGCACACACGUGCACACACAUGCACACCCACGCUUUCUUACGCAAUCCACGUUUGCACCUGUGUUUCUCAGUUCGCCUUCGAUAGGAAGUAGGAGUCCUUUGUUGUCUUUAUUGUAGUGAAAUUAUGCAGAUAGAGUUCCAUAUAUUGUAUUUGUUUCAAUAGUAAGUCUUUUUGGAGCAUAUAGAAUGCAGAGAUUUUUUUUUUCCAUUAAAAUAAAUGGGUAUUGGUGGUUAAAACGGC